CGUUGAUAUCAAAAACAAAUUAGAAACAACAAAAAAAACAGUCACUUGUUUCCGAUUACGAAGCUGAUUUGUUUCUUCGUCAUUUCAGUCAGUGAAGAAGCUGAAUCGUGGUAGCAAGCAAAAAUUGCUUUCAGGAAUAUUGAGUGUGCCAUGAAAGAAGAUUUAAAUAUUUGCGUUCUUUUCAAAGAAAAACAAUAAAAUAUGUUAAGAGCAGAAUCAAUUAGUACAGUGAGGAACCAUGAAGAUGAUGUUAACGAUUUAAAUGGAUCUAUUGUAUGGUCUCAAGAGGAGCCAUUGUCAUCUAAUGAAAUAUUGACUCUACUAACUGAAGAUCAAAGAGAAAACAGUUUACCUGCGUUCUGCCGAUUGUGUGCUAAUCAAACUAAUAAUCCAGUACAUAUGUAUUCUGAACUUGGAGAAUCCAUGAAAUUGGAACAUAAAAUAAACACAUAUCUAAGCAUCAAGAUUAGAAAAACAGAUCCGUUGUCAAAACAACUUUGUCUGGCCUGUAUUGAGAAGAUAAACUGGUGCAACGAUUUUGACACUCAGUGCGUCAAAGCAGAAGAAAUUUUGUUGACAAUGCUACGAGAAAAACAAUCGUUUAAUAUCAGUCAUGAAAAUAAAAUCUCAUCCGAGAUUCAACAAUCUUGUCUUUUGUGUACAGAAGAUUUUUUUAUGAACACAUGUGAAGACGUUUCCCAAGAUACAAAGAGUAUGGAAGUGUACGAGAACAUUAUUAUUCUUGAGAACAGUGAUGAAGAAGAGAACAUCGUUAAUGUUGCAAAAGUUGAGAAGAUUGAAAAGAAAGAUCAUUCUAUCGUGUUACAAUACGCGGGAGAUAAACAAAAAUAUUUGAAAUGCGGAGCAUGCAUGAAUCUCUAUCACACUCAGGAGACUCUGGACAGUCACAAAUGUAAGCCACAUGUUCAGAACACGACGCAGCUAUACAAGUGUUCUAUAUGCGGCAUAACGUUUACCUUUGAAGAACGACUAAACUUUCACAUGCAAUUUCACAAGAAUGGGAAAACACUGUAUUGUGAAGUCUGCAAACUGACGUUUGCCAAAGAAUUAAAGCUGUUUUAUCACUACAAAAGAUAUCAUUCCAGUGAUGUCAGCUUUUCAUGCUUGCAGUGCGGAAAGCUAUUCGAGAACCAGAACGCGCUUCGAACGCACAUCUGCACCGACGGCAAGACUCGGCCGCACAUCUGCGAGGUGUGCAACAAAGGCUUUACGGACGGUUAUGCUUUGAAGCGUCACGUAGUAACGCACUUGCCGGAGAAACCGUUUAAAUGUUCGCAAUGCUCGAAGAGCUUCACGCAGAAGUCCAGAUUGAACAAACAUAUCGCAAAUCAUUGCAUCGUCAUCGAAGACAGCCAGACGGUUUGGAAAUGCGUCCAGUGUGGCGAGGUGUUCGUCUCCUGCGACAACUGCGAUGUACAUUAUUACGAAGUACACGAAGAAAAAAUCACUCUGAUCGAGGAACUGUUGAUAUCGAGGGUCUAUCAUUGUGAGUUUUGCAACAGUUACUUCGCCGAUGUGGACAAUCUGAGUUCUCAUCAAAAUCAACACGUUAUCGAAAGACCGUACACGUGUAACACGUGCAAAACCAUUUACAAAUCGUUCGGGGAAGCUGUUAUGCAUUGGAAGGAACAUCCAAGACUCUUCAGAGUUCUCAUUUUCUUUCUAUGCGACAUUUGUUACAAAGACAUGAAGGAACUGUCAUUGUUGUACAAACACAAGCAGAAGAGACAUGGUUACGCGUUGAGAUUGUCCGAGUCCGGUGAAUCAAAAUUCAUUUGCCAGCUCUGCGGAAACGUGUUCGAUAAAAGCGAGGAUAUACAGAAUCACGAACAACAACGGUGCUCGAAAUUUCCCUGCGAUAUCUGCGGCAAUCUACUGCCCACCGCAAACUCGCUGAACGCUCACAAGAGACGGCACAACGGACUGAGACCGUACGUUUGCAACAUCUGUGGAAAAAGUUACACUCAGUCCAGCCACAUGUGGACUCACAGGAGAUUCCACAUGGGCAUAAAACCUUACGUUUGUGAUUACUGCGAUCAGCGUUUCACGAUAAAGCCGGAUCUGGCGGAUCACAUCAGGAAGAAGCACACGAAGGAGAGACCGUUCAAAUGCGACGUGUGCAACAAGGCCUUCCUGACCGGUUCUGUAUUUUAUCAGCAUAGAUUGAUACAUCGUGGCGAUCGCAGAUACAAAUGUCAUUAUUGUGAAAAGGCUUUCACUAGAACAGAAGCUUUAAAUAAUCACAUCAAAAUACACACCGGAGAGAAGCCGCACGCUUGCGAUGUGUGCGGCAGAUGUUUCAGACAGAAGGGAGAUAUGAAAAAACACAAACGCACGCAACAUAGUUCUAAUCAAGAGAUUUCUAAAAAUUGCCAUGGUUAAAAUGUAGCAUAAAUAAUUUUGUUGUUACAUACAUUUUAGUUAAUAAUGCUAAUAAUUAAUGCAAUUGUUUUAUAUACAGUAAUAUAUCGAUUUAAAGUAAUGUAUUCUUAUUAUUAUGCGAUAAAUAACAUAUAUAUAUUAUGUCAAAACACAAGGAGAACGCAAAUGGUUUUUAAUAAAAAUAUUCUUGCGAGAGAAAAAAGAUGAAGUAAUAUUUAUUUCCUCUUGGUAGAUAAAAUAUAUGUAUAUAAAUUCUCAACAUCGAUACAUGAUUUUAAAUAAUAUAUCGAGUAUCUUAUCACAUUACCGGAAACGCCCCCCCCCCCCGCUACCUAAUCUAAUUUCACACACAAUCAGUAUGAAAAUAGAAAAUUCUAUAUAGAAAAGAAGGUCUUAUAUGAGGUAUACAAAUAGUUAAUUAUGUAGUAGGUAUGUGUAAUCAGUUAUCCAAUAAAUAAUUUAUGUACAAUACCUUUUUCGCGCUUCAGUGUUUUACUUUAAGGAAGUUUUUCUCGCGCUUCUUCUUUUUUACUUAUAUAAAGACACGUAUUAUUUUAUAGUUAUAUGUACUGGGUUGUUCGGAAAAUACAUAGCGUUUUUUUAAAUAAAAUUUAGACGUAUCGACUCAAAAAAGGCUGUGUUACAUAUAAUUCACUGUCAAUAAAUUAAAAAUAUAUAAUAUAUAAUAUAUAAUAUAUGAUAUACAUAACAUGAAGUAUAGAUUCUUAGUACUGACAGUUGAAAUUUUGGAACACAAUCAUAAUUUAUCUUCUGUAAACGUUCAAUAUGUAUAUAUACAAUGCUGUUCGAUGUUGUUAAUAUAUCUGCGUAACGUGUCUCGUGUUGUCAUUUACGGUAAUGACACUGAAAAACAUUAGGAAUUUUCCGAACAAUCCAAUAUAAGACAAUAGCAAUAUUGCUUGUGUCAAUAAAAAAUAUUAAUUACAUUUCCCAAGUUCUAAUAAAUUGGUCACAAAAGGCUGAAGAGCACAUUCAAGUUCAGCUUUAUAAAUACAUAUCAUAAUACAAAUACAUUAUUUUAGUACUUUAUAAAUGCAGUAAUAAUAACGCAAUCGUAUAUAAACGUAUAUCAGAAAAUUUAUUCAUAUGUUUAUCAUGUACAAUAUAUAUAUAUAUAUAUGUAUAUAUAUAUAUAUAUAUACAAGGU